GCAACUCAGACUUCAUUGGGGACCAAAGCACCCAACAACCUAUGUCACUUGACAUGUGUUCCAAAAUAUAAUCUUUAAUUCCAAAAAAUCCUCUUUAUAUGACACACAUGUAUGUGCAUCAUAAAUUUUCAUUCAGUUUGAGCUGCAAAUCCAACUGGGUCCUCACUGGUUCUGGGUGAUCUUGUUUCAGAUCAGGCUUUUUACUAAGCAUAUUAUGAAUCUGGGAAAAUAUAGGUUGUGCUGUCAAGAUGCUUACUCUUUUGGUUUUGAAAUAACAACUAAUUUUCAGUACACUGCUACUGCCAAGCAGAAAUUAAAUUAUAGAUAACCAUAGCCGCCUUUGAAGAGUAGAACCAACAAUUCAGCGGUGAGCGUGUCAAAAUCCUUUGGAGUUGAGUAUAGCAAAGAACUGGCUAGUUCUCGAUGCAAACAUCUCAGAAUCAUAAAUUUUCUUAUGGCUCAGGCGGGUUCUAUGUUGAGCCUGUGCAAAAUUUGGAGUCAUAUUGCGUACCAUCAAGUGAGAACUUAGACAAUUACUGUUCCUCUGAUAACAGCAGCCAAACCACCUACCCCUCUGUCCAAACCUUAGAACAAUAUUGCACCCUUGAAUCUGCUUCCACAAGCAACAGUUUCCCUUGCCAAAAUUCUCCAUCUGCUCCCAGUUUCUCAUCCAACAACAGUCCAGUGUCGAAGUCAUAUGUGUUAAGGCCACAACAUUCUCUUGAAAUUGUUAACGGCUCACCCGAGGAUGAUUCGUACCUGACACAUGACCUCGACGACCUGACGCAUAAAAUAAGAGAGCUGGAAACUGCUAUGCUGGGACCUAAUGCAAAUAUGCUUGACAUCUAUGAUGCUGUAAUUCCAGAAGAGCCUGAUUCAUUGUUGUUAGAGGCAGAGAAGUGGAAGAAAUUGAUGGAGAUGGCAUCUAGAGGGGAUUUGAAAGAGAUGCUUUAUACUUGUGCAAGAGCAAUGGCUGUGAAUGAUAUGGAGACAACUGAAUGGCUGAUGUCAGAGUUGCGUAAGAUGGUGUCCAUUUCGGGCAACCCGAUGCAACGGUUGGGAGCAUACAUGUUGGAGUCUCUUGUGGCAAGGAUGUCUGCUUCAGGAAGCACAAUCUACAAAUCCUUGAAAUGCAGUGAGCCUACUGGUAAUGAACUACUUUCAUACAUGCAUGUACUAUAUGAAAUUUGUCCAUACUUCAAGUUUGGGUACAUGUCAGCAAAUGGAGCAAUUGCUGAAGCUCUGAAGGAGGAAAAUGAAGUCCACAUAAUUGACUUUCAGAUUAGCCAAGGAACUCAAUGGGUGAGCCUAAUUCAGGCUCUUGCUCGGCGGCCUGGAGGGCCGCCAAAGAUCAGAAUAUCAGGAGUGGAUGACUCCUUUUCCUCUUAUGCCAGAGGAGGAGGGCUUGAUAUUGUUGGGAAAAGGUUAUCAGCGCUUGCAGAGUCAUGUCAUGUACCCUUUGAGUUCAAUGCUGUGAGAGUACCUGCCUCUCAGGUGCAACUUGAAGACCUUGAACUUCGCCCUUAUGAAGCUUUGGCUGUGAAUUUUUCCAUAAUGCUGCAUCAUGUGCCAGAUGAGAGUGUGAACAGUCACAAUCAUCGCGAUCGGUUGCUGAGACUGGCAAAGCACCUGUCUCCCAAGGUGGUGACUCUGGUUGAGCAAGAAUUCAACACCAACAACACACCAUUCUUGCAGCGUUUCGUUGAGACGAUGAACUACUACCUGGCCAUUUUUGAAUCAGUUGAUGCUGUUCUUCCAAGGGAGCACAAAGAGAGGAUCAAUGUGGAGCAGCACUGCUUGGCACGUGAAGUAGUCAACUUGAUAGCAUGUGAGGGAGAAGAAAGAGUUGAACGCCAUGAGCUACUGAAUAAGUGGAGAAAGCGUUUCACAAUGGCUGGGUUUACACCUUAUCCAUUGAGCUCCGUUAUUAAUUCUUCAAUCAAGGAUCUUCUGCAGAGCUAUCAUGGACACUACACUCUGGAAGAGAGAGAUGGUGCACUAUUUCUUGGUUGGAUGAAUCAAGUUCUUAUUGCCUCUUGUGCUUGGAGAUGAAAAUUCGAUAACAGUUGGUUCAUUUUUGUUACUCCAGGCUUUUAGUUAGGUUAUAUAUCAUCCUUAACUUCUUUAUAGAACUUCUCUUCACUUCAUAGUCAAUUACUGUUAUGUAAGAGAGCUUUCUUAAUUUUAUGUUAGCAAUACAAGUAAUAUCAAGAAAGACUAUAUUCUGAAAUUGUCUCUAAGAUGUAUUUCAGAACUUGUAAUGCUUACCAAAGAUAAAAAGAAUAUUGUCAAAUUAUAAAUGCAAAGCAUGGAAGUUAUUAUCUA